AUGUGUUGUCAGUCCACAAACAAGGAUGAGUGCAUCUACCAGGGAGACGAAGGGACCCAUAGUUUCUACAAGGGUGGAGAUGUUAUUUUGGGAGGCCUGUUCCCCCUGCACUACAGCCCUGUUUCUGCAGUGUGGUCUUUCCAAAGCAAACCUGAACCAACUGAUUACAACUUUAGUCCUCGAGCCCUGAGGUGGAUGCGAACAAUGACCUUUGCUGUGGCAGAGAUAAAUCAGAGACAGGACCUGUUACCAAAUCUGUCUCUGGGAUACCACAUCCGGGACAGCUGCGAUGACAUACCUGUGUCAAUAAAGAACUCACUUCUCCUGGUCAAUGGGCAGCCAGAGAAAACAAGAGGAUCUGGAUGUGCAAACGCUAUCAGGCAGCCCUCUCCUGUCAUAGUAGGAGAUGCUGCAUCAGGGAUAUCCAUGGCUGUGCUGAGAACACUAGGGUCAUUCAGUAUACCUUUGGUGAGCUACUUUGCAUCUUGCUCGUGUUUGAGUAACAAGAAAGAGUUUCCCACAUUUAUGCGGACAAUGCCAAGUGACGAAUUUCAGAUUAAAGCUUUAGCAAAGCUGGUCCAUUACUUUCAGUGGACUUGGGUGGGGGUCAUAGGAGUGGAGUCAGACUAUGCUCGCUUUGCCAUCCAGCUCUUUCUAAAGGAAUCAGCCAGAUACCAUGUAUGCCCCGCAUAUGUGCACUUUUACCCCGUCACACUCACUACAGAAGCAGUGCAGGAGUUGAUGGGUGUUAUUAAAGCCUCCACAGCCACAGUCAUUCUAAACUUCUCUGGAGAAUCAGAACUGCAAACUAUUCUGAGAGAAUGCAGGCAACAAAACAUCACACAUCUACAGUGGAUUGCCAGUGAAGCUUGGGCAACAUCACAGGCAUUGUGGAAUGAGUUCCAUGAUCUCUUACAGGGAACUCUAGGGUUUGCCAUACGGAAGGGGGAAAUUCCAAACCUUGGUGGAUAUCUCAGUGAGAUGAAUGCUUCCAGUGCUCAAACCUCACAUUUUUUAGCAGAGUUCUGGGAGGAAAUGUUCAACUGCCAGGUCAAUGGAUCAUUAAACACUCAUGUACACAGAACAGAGGCCCAGAACAGGGAAGCUUGUAGUGGGAGAGAGAGUCUGGACAAUGUGUACUCUACCUUUACAGAUGUAUCACAGCUUAGAGUGUCCUACAAUGUAUACAAAGCUGUGUAUCUCAUAGCAUAUGCCUUACAUGAUAUGAGUGCCUGUGUUCCAGGACAGGGCCCCUUUCAAAAUGGGACAUGUGGGAGUCUAAAUCCCCUUCUGCCUUGGCAGCUGAUAAGCUACAUGAAGAGAACAAACUUCACAACACUAGGGGAGUUUGUGCACUUUGAUGAGAAUGGAGACCCCAUUGCAUCUUAUGAUCUGAUGAACUGGCAGGUGGCAAGUGAUGGCUUACUUCAGCUGGUGAAGGUGGGGUUCUAUGAUGCAUCACUGAAGGAGGAUAGUGAUCUGGUCAUAAAUGAAUCAAUGAUUAUGUGGCAAAGAGACAAUAAGGCACCAGUAUCAGUCUGCAGCAAAAGUUGUCUGCCAGGCUCCAGGAAAGCCAGGCGAAAGGGUGAACCUAUCUGUUGCUUUGACUGCAUACCAUGUGCUGAGGGAGAGAUUAGCAAUCAAACAGACUCAAAUGAUUGUUUAAGAUGUUCAAGGGAAACAUGGCCAAACCAAGCCAGAGACAAAUGCAUGCCAAAGGGCCUGGAGUACCUGUCCUUCCAGGAGCCCUUGGGAAUAGUUCUCCUGGCUGUUUCAACGUUUGGAGCUUGUUUGACUGCAGCAGUGCUUUGUGUGUUUAUGCUCUACAGAACUACUCCAGUAGUUCGAGGCAACAACAUGGAACUCAGCUUCCUCCUACUCUUGUUUCUAUGUGCAUGCUUUCUGAUUAGUCUGACAUUCAUUGGCAAGCCCACUGAUUGGCUCUGCCAGAUCAGGUUUACAUCCUUUGGAGUCAGCUUUGCACUCUGCAUUGCCUGCAUCUUGGCUAAGACUGUAGUUGUUCUUAUGGCUUUCAAGGCCACCCUACCUGGUAGUAAUGUAAUGAAAUGGUUUGGUCCUGUUCAACAGAGGUUUAGUGUCAUAUUAUGCUCUUUAGUUCAAGUACUUAUUUGUAUCAUAUGGCUGAUGAUUAAACCUCCCUCUGCUGCCUACACCACUGAAUUUUUGAGUCCUACUAUAAUUGUAGAGUGCAAAGUGGGAUCUGAGAUAGGAUUUUGGUGUGUGUUGGGAUACAUUGGCCUACUUGCUUGCAUGUGCUUUUUAAUAGCUUUUUUGGCCAGAAAACUUCCAGACAAUUUCAACGAGGCAAAAUUUAUCACAUUCAGUAUGCUCAUCUUUUUUGCUGUGUGGAUAACAUUUAUCCCUGUUUAUGUGAGCACCCAUGGAAAAUAUAUGGUUGCUGUGCAUGUCUUUGCCAUCUUAGCUUCUGCCUUUGGAUUGCUUCUGUGCAUAUUUGCUCCAAAGUGCUAUGUUAUUCUGUUGAGACCUGAAAAAAACAGCAAAAAGCAUAUGAUGAAAAAAUAG